AUGGCACCUGCUGGACAGGGUCUAACCUGGUCGGACGUUCUUUGCUGUGUGGUGUGUAGCCAGCUCUUCGAUCAUCAUCGAGCACCAGUGAAUUUAACAUGCGGGCAUGUAGUGUGUACAUGUUGCGUGCCGCAACUUUUUGACAACUCAUGUCCAGAGGACCAGUGUGAGGCUACCUAUCCAGUAGCUAGCUACCCUAUAAAUGCAGCGCUCUUAUCCAUUGUCACGGACGACAUCGAUGAGUAUUUGCCAAUGUGGAAAGCAGAAAAUGUUUCGAAGGACGUUUUAUCUUCUAUAGAAAAUGCAUUGGUUUCUAUGGCCCAGUAUUUGCAUCGAGCUGAAUCGGAAAGAGGUGGUACCGUAUUUAGUGAAAUUCUGUCGCGCACUAUGCAACGAAAGCUAGUUUCCUUGUUGUGCUUUCAAAUUGUCGAGGAAGAAGGUCGCUCUCGUGCUUUAAAGACUUCGCGAGCUAUUGCUGAACGAAUCAUGACCGAGUUGUUGCUGAGCCAGCAAAAUUCUGGUAGUCUCAGUACUCAUCUUUGGACUGCUGUUCGUGCUAGAGGUUGCCAGUUUCUCGGGCCAGCGAUGCAAGAGGAUGUGCUCAAGCUGAUUCUUCUCGCUCUUGAUAAAGGUGCUUUGAUUGCUCGAAAGACUUUAGUUAUGUAUGUGGUGCAGAUGCUCACGGAAGAUUAUCCUCAGGUAUCAAAAACAUGUGUUGGUCAUGUCGUGCAACUUUUAUAUCGCGCCUCAUGUUUCAAUGUGUUGAAACGUGAUGGAGAAUCGUCAUUAAUGCAGUUAAAAGACGAAUUCCGUACUUAUGAAUCUUUGCGAAGAGAACAUGAUGCUCAAAUCGUGCAGAUGGCAGUUGAGUGUGGUCUUCGAAUAAGUCCGGAUCAGUGGAGUGCCUUGCUGUAUGGUGACCAGGCCCAUCGUUCACACAUGCAGUCUAUCAUAGAUCGUCUUCAAACGCCUCAUUCAUAUGUGCAAGGAAUCGACGAAUUGGCGGCUGUUGCCAGCGGGUCAGAUCCGAAUUCUUCCACUUGCGAUUUAGCACAGAUGGCACAGUUACUUCGCGUAUUUGACACACUUCCAGGACAUCAUGAGCGAAUAAGUUGGAAUCGAUUUGCUGAUUAUAUCGAUGCGCUUUACAAGCUUAUAAAGUCUCACGCUGAGUUUACUUUAAAACGGAAUGAACAACGUGCUCGAGACGCCCAACGAGCAGCUGCUUCCCGAAGAUCUGCUCAUUCGGGAGGCCUUGACAAGGCAAACGCAUAUAAAACAAAAAUGUGCAAGGACAUCUCUGCACGACGUCUUUGCCCCCGUGGUGCUCGAUGCACUUAUGCUCAUAGUGCUGAAGAGCUUCGAGACAUCACAAGGAGAGAUUCUGUUCCUGGAACUUUAGCUCCUCAGCCAUCCAACAAUGGACCAUUUGUGCCGAUGGCUCAACGAGUUAUGGUUGCCGUACCUCCUCCUACCUUUUCUCAGAAUGGAGGGUAUCACAACGAAAAUCAUCUUACUUCGGUUCCACCCCCUCCACCAGCUCCUGCGCAUCCUCCAAUGGUUCCCAUAGUCCAGGUGCCUGUCGUCAUGCCUUCACCAACCCAUCAUGGUAUGCCAUCGGCUCCACCAACUCCUGCUAAUCCACAGGUGGUCAUGCUGCCACCGGGAAUGCCACCAAGAGGAAUGAUAAUGAACAAUCAUUCUCGUCAUCCACAGUCCUCAAGUGCGUUGCACCCAACAGCACCACCACCUGCCUCGCUCUGGAGCAGUCAUCCUCCUCCUCCACGUGCCACUGUACUCAUGCCACACCUGAAUUCACCACCAAGCCAUCCACAGGCUCAGUUCUGGGUGCAUCCGCCUCCAGCAUUAUAUGCCUUUGAUCCGCCCUCCGAUAAUGGAUUCGUGUGGUCUGGUGCUCACAGGCCAGAUUUAGGCGUACCUCCACCUCCUUUGCAUUCUUCUCGUCCGUGUGACCAAGCUCCGGAUACUGAACAGUUGAUGAUGAAGAGGAAUGAAAUAAUAAAUCGCCUUGCUCCUCUUACUUUGCUGGACGAAGAUGAUUUUGAAGACGGUGGAGUUGGACACGUAUCCUACACAGUUGCGUCGUCUGUAUUGGACGAUAGAGGGGAGCUUCAUCCAGUGGCACUAGUCGUCGGCCCACCAGCACUCGAACUUCCACCAAUUCCACCUGCAAAUUUGACAACUGUGCCAUUAUCUGCUGCAGCUGCUGAAGGAACUAUAACCGUUAUCGGGGAUAUCGCCUUAGCUACUGGUCAACGUCCGAGAGCACCAAGUCUUCCCGUGGUUCAGCUGACCAGUGUCGUGACUGCUUGUCCUGCAACUAUUUUGGCCACUGAAGGCGCACCGUCUGCAACUGUGCAAGCAGACUGCGCCACAAUGCAAGUAAAGGAUGCAAUUAGUCAACCGCUACCCACGCCUGCUAUUCAAAGGAGCCAAGUGGUAGCUCCAAUGCAGAUGUGUGCGAUGCCUAUGACGUUUGAUGCUGGAGUAAUGGGAGAGAGGAUUGGUAGCGUCAUUAGACCGGUAACGUUGGCUGAUCCACAGGACAUGGUUUCAAAUAGCUUAGAUAAGAUUGUAGACGUGAAGGAGAGGCUCAACGAGGCGGAAGAAGCUAAAUCCUCGACAGCAGUAAGCCAACAGCUCCUUGUGGAAUUGCGAAUUGCCGAAAGAGAAAUGGAUCUUCUUGAUCCUCGUACACAGGCCUCCUGCUUGUUACGUGAACUGCGUCAAGUUGACAGACAAAUUGAACAAAUUGAGGCAGCUCGUCCUGUAGAGAAUUGCUGA